AUGGCGGACAACCGUCGAUGGUUCAACAUGCGAGCGCCGAAGCCUCCUGGACCUGGACGGAUCCGGGAGGACGAGGAGGGAGUGGACCCUCCGGAGCAGGAAAUGGAUCCUGCGUCGGACAUUACUAAGCAGAAAGUGGCUGCUGCGAAGAACUACAUCGAGCAGCAUUACCGGAACCAGAUGAAGACAAUUCAAGAACGCAAGGAUAGGCGGAACGAGCUGGAGCGGAAGCUGGAGGAGGAGGACGUGCCGGAGGAGGAGCAGCAGCGCAUCAUGCAGGAGCUCGAGCGGCGCGAGACGGAGUUCCGCCGCCUGCAGCGCCACAAGAUGAGCGUCGACGACUUCGAACUGCUUACUAUUAUUGGGCGAGGGGCCUUCGGGGAGGUGCGCAUCUGUCGGGAGAAGAAGACGGGCAGUGUGUACGCCAUGAAGAAGCUCAAGAAGGCAGAGAUGCUUCGGCGCGGCCAGGUGGAGCACGUGAAGGCAGAGAGAAACCUCCUGGCGGAAGUGGAGAGCAAGUGCAUCGUGCAGCUGUACUGCUCGUUCCAGGACGAGGAGUUUCUGUACCUGGUGAUGGAGUACCUGCCGGGCGGCGACAUGAUGACGCUGCUCAUGCGCAAGGACACGCUCACUGAGGACGAGGCGCGGUUUUAUGUCGGCGAGACGGUGCUGGCGAUUGAGAGCAUCCACAAGCACAACUACGUGCACAGGGACAUCAAGCCGGACAAUCUGCUGCUGGACCGCCACGGGCACAUGAAGCUGUCUGACUUCGGGCUGUGCAAGCCCCUCGACACCAGCACCUUCCCCGCCGUUGAUGUCGAGGAGGCCGCUGCCAUGCUCUCCAACGCGUCUCUGGAGGGCAACCACCCGGGGUCGGGCAGGAGCCAGGCGGAGCAGCUGCAGAACUGGCAGAAGAAUCGUCGUACGCUGGCCUACUCCACGGUGGGUACCCCUGACUACAUCGCACCUGAAGUGCUGCUUAAGAAGGGAUACAGCCUGGAGUGUGAUUGGUGGAGCAUGGGAGCCAUUAUGUACGAGAUGCUCAUCGGCUACCCGCCCUUCUAUUCUGACGAUCCCAUGACAACCUGUCGCAAGAUCGUCAACUGGCGCACGCAUCUCAAGUUUCCCGAGGAGGUGAUCAUCUCCCGGGAGGCCAGGGACCUCAUCUGCCGCCUGCUGUGCGAUGUGGAGCACCGCCUGGGCACCAGGAGCGUCGGCGACAUCAAGAACCACCCGUGGUUCCGCGGCCUUCCCUGGGACCGCCUGUACAAGAUGGAGGCGGCUUUCAUUCCCGAGGUCAACGACGAGCUCGACACACAGAACUUUGAGAAGUUUGAUGAGGUCGUUGAGGCCAGUGGAGCGCAGAAGGCAGGCCCCUGGAAGAAGAUGCUGCCAUCCAAGGACAUCAAUUUCGUCGGCUACACCUACCGCAACAUGGAGAUCGUGCAGGAGACACAUUCCCCUCUCGGUGGGGCGCUGGAGCUGAAGAAGAAGAGCAAGGGCAAGAAGCCAGGCCUCAACUCGCUCUUUGCAGACGCCCCAGCCGCAUCUGGAGGGGGGGACCCGCACGACAGCCACUCCCACGGCUCUGGCAGCAGGGCAGCACAUGGGGGACAGGGAGGGGGGCAUAUCGACAGGCUGUCUCAUCACCGCCGUUCUCUCUCUUGUCCUCAUGCACCAGUCCUGCCUAUCUUCCACAAAUCCGUCCUUUUCUUAAUCCCCCCCGCCUCCCGCCCCCCGCCUGCGCCCCUCUGCCGCCGUCCCCUCGCCUUCUCCCUCUCGCCUCCGCCCCUCUGCCAUGGUGAGGGGGAGGCGGGGCGGCUGGGCGUGCAGUUGCUGCAGCAGCGCGCCAGAGCCGAGGCCAAAGCGAAGUACGUGGCACGGAUCGCAGCGGAAAAUGUAACGGGGGUGGUGCGGGAGGAAGUGGGGUGGCUGGGCGGGCCGGUGGAGGGGACCUGUGAGUUGACUCAUCAUUUGCCCCCCUACCUCUUCCCUCUCUCUCUCCCCACAGAGUACGUGGCGCGGAUCGCAGCAGAGAACGUCACGGGAGUAGUGCGGGAGGAGUAUGUGGCACGGAUCGCAGCCGAAAAUGUAACGGGGGUGGUGCGGGAGGAGGUGGGGCGGCUGGGCGGGCAGGUGGAGAGCGUGCAGGCGCUGCAGCAGGCCAGAGCCAAGGCGGGCGGCAACGGGACGGGGGACGUGGGCGGCGACUGGGCGGUGGUGCUGGAGGCGCCCGCACGGGACGCGGAGCAGCGGGCGGCGCAGCUGAAUGAGACAGUGGGGCGGCUCACGGCUAGCAUGAGGAAGCAGGCGGCUGAGAUUGUGGCUCUUAAGGCAGCAGAGCAGGUGGCAGCAGGAGCCGGGGACCUCCCCAAGCGGCCUCGCGGCAAGAUGGUGGUGCUGGAUGAUGACCCCUCCCGCUGGCGCCAGCACUCCUUCCAUCGCACCGGCGCCUACGGCUUCAUCCAGUACAGGUGCGUCCCACGAUUCCGCCACGUGCCUCAAAGCGCCAGCGCCCAAUCCCCCAACUUCCAAUGCAAGCAGCGUGUACCGGUUGGAACCGGCAUGCAUCGUGGUGAUGGGGCUGGGCGCUUUGGCUCAGCACAGCAAGCGACUUUUGAGGUGUCUCAAAUCAAACCCCCUUCCACACCGCCAGAUGCCCUGCAACCACCCGCAACCCUCCCAACCAUCCUCCACCGCUUCGAAUCCCUCCCGUACAUCACCCUCGGGACCUACGUGUUCUCGGCGCACAUAUGCGAGGAGGACGGGCCGGAGGACGUGUGGAUCGAGGAGGAGAAGAGGUUUGCUGUGGAAAGGAUGCUGCAGCGGCGGAAAAAGCCGUACUGUCUGCGCAGAGAGGAUGAUCCCAAGGUGUGCAUUGACUACUACGGGCACCGCAAGAUGUUCGUCAACCCCCGCAAGGUGCGUCGCCUACUGGUGGUGGUGCUGGUGGUAGUUGGUUCUGCUGCUGCAGCAUUGCCCUCGGGACCUAUGUCUUCUCGGCGCACAUAUGUGAGGAGGACGGGCCGGAGGACGUGUGGAGCGAGGAGGAGAAGAGGUUUGCUGUGGAGAGAAUGUUGCAGCGGCGGAAAAACCCAUAUUGUCUGCGAGGAGAGGAUGAUCCCAAGGUGUGCAUCGACUACUACGGGCACCGGAAGAUGUUCGUCAACCCCCGCAAG